CAGCCAGCUCACCUUGUCAGGUUGUGCUGUGGACCGGUGGUUCCAGCCGGGCAGGCCAAGAAAGGUGAAUGCCUUGUGCCGUGCAGCCGGUAUCCUGAGAUCUAGCUUGCCAGCAGCAGCCAUGUCCAAGGACGAAACUGGCUGUAAGCUGGCCCCUGUUUACAAGCACAAGGAGCGCAAACCCAAGAAGCCUCAUUACAUUCCUAGGCCAUGGGGGAAGCCCUAUAAUUACAAGUGUUUCCAGUGCCCGUUCACCUGCAUGGAGAAAUCCCACCUUUACAAUCACAUGAAGUACAGCCUGUGUAAGAACUCCUUGUCUUUGCUGAUCGAGUCGGACUGGCCCUACAAGAAAGGGACUCCUUCACCCGGAGCUCCGACUCCUGCAUGCCACGGAAGCUUCCCGCGCUCUGGAGCAGGCAAAGCUAUGGGGAUGGACGGGUCAGAGAAAAUGAGCGACGAAACCAACCAGUUCCAAGAGGAGGAGGAGGAGGAGGAGGAAGAGGAAGGGACACCCCUGUUACCGGAGGCUGAUGUGGGUGAGAAAAAAGGGGAAGCCAAAGAAGCCGAUUCCGUUGGGGAGUCAAGAGAGGCCGACAUGAACACCCUGCUCUUCCGAUUCAAAAACAAAAGAGACAAGCCGUGUAAAGACCCCGCGCCUGAUUUUAUCAUCACCGAUGUUUUCUCCUUAAAGAAACAGGUGAUGAAAGGGAAGGAGCCCACCUCUCCAGAGUUGGAGGCCAAGGCAAAGCAUGGCAGAGCGCCCAAGAAAUGCCCAGGGAAUGGUGCGGUCCUCAUGGAGCAAUGGAAGUUAGUGGCCAAUGGCCAACGGAGAGGCGCCGGUGAAAUCCCAGCGCCCUGCCCCAAUGGGAACAUCAUCCCUUGUUAUCCACCUCCAGCCUACGGGGAGUUCCAUGAACCCCAGAGCCUCAAUCUCUCCUUGCUGGGGAUUAACUAUCCGCUGAACCCCAACCUCUUCUCUUACUUUGGUCCUACCGUGGCCAACAAUGCCACUCCACAAUCCCACCUCACCCAACUUCCUUUCCUGGCGUCCACUGCCCAGCUGAUGCAUCCCCACUCUGCUCAUUUCCAGCCCCUGCAAAGUCCAGACAGGUCCACGCUUCUCCCGCGCUUCUACUACCCCUUGCUCUUUGAGCACUCCUUCGGCUCCGCGGAAAGCAAAAUGGCGGCCACCAAGCCUGAGGCUCAGCCGCAACCAGGAGCGGCCAUGGGGGUCCCCUCUCAGGCCAAAACUCCCCAGGAGCCGGCCAAAGCAGGGCUGUUGAAAGUCCCUGUGCUGAAGGGUGGCCUUCCUUGGGUGAAAGGUUUCCACGAAGAACCUCCUCCAGAGCAAAGCCCCAAGACCUUGCUCCACCAGGAGGAAGACGAAAAGUGGCUGAUCCAUGAAAAGGAGACCAACGCCUUGCUCAACAGCCUCUGCAAAAAGCCAAUGCCCGAUGCCUACCAGAACCUGGUGGGUAUGAAAGAUGGCGGUCCUCUCCUCCCCAACAGCCUCAGGAAGGCAGAAAUGCCAAUGGCGACUUGCUUGGACAGUGGCGGAACCACCAUCAACAACCUGAAGAGGAAAUUUCCAGGCAAUGGCCUUGAUUUAUUAGGCACCAGCAUGCUGACCACGAGGAAAGUGAGAUACCAAGCCAGCAAUUUAAGAGCUGCCCCCGCUCAGCCCUCGAGGCCCCUGGACCACUGGCAUGUGGAACUCCAUGCCUGCCCACCAGAAGACCAACAGAAGACCAGUGGCCCUGACCUUUUACCUCCUGUGAUCACAGACCCAGAUCAUUCUUUUUUUAAGCCAAGCAAAGAGCAAACAAUAACUUUUGGCCCGAGAGACCCAGAAGCCACUGCGCUCAUUGAGGACUUGUCCAAGACCUUAGAGGAGUAUCAGGAGGUGGAGAAGAAGCUCUCAGACAUGGCCAAAGAGGACAGCCCGGCACAGAAGCAGCUCAGAAGCCAAUUGGUCAAAAUUCGCCAGGAACUUUUCCAUAUCCACGAAGCCCUGGAGAAAGCAACCAAAUCUACUGAAGGCCCUUUAGAUCUCUCAGUGAAGAAGUCCUCCAAAGAUCUGGAGAAAGGGUACUUAGACCUGAAGGAGUCUAAGAUGACCGCCAAGGGUGGGAGAGUCCAAGGCAAAGAUCUGGAUUCUAUCAACAGAUGUUUGGCCGUGGAUGAAGAAAGUCAAGGGGACGAGGUGUCCAAUUGUCUCCUUGAGACCGAGAACAAAACCAUUGACUUGCUGAUCAAGAUGAGCCGCUCGGAGAGUCUCCAGGCUGCCUGUUCUGAGGCCCAUUUGGGAGCUGUCAUCAAAGCUGAGGUGCUCCCCCUCAACGUACCUCUAGAACUCAGGCACGUCAUGGAGCCAUACUACAGCCGUACCACCAAAUGCGAGGCCGAUUCCAGCGUCCUGCUCUGUACGGAUGGGAGACCCAACCCCAGCCAAGGGCCUCCGCUCCCCGUUACCGAAGACGUCCCGUUGGGAUGUAGGGCCCUCCCUCGUUCCUUGUCAUGCGCUCUGCCCAGCGAGACGGAGGGCGUUUGCCUUCACAGUCCCUUAAGUACAGAUCCAUGAUGCACUCCGUCUCCGUCAGUCAAGAGCGUUUUGACUUUUUAUUUUGAAAAU